GAGUCGGCCGGCAGGUACACCCUAAACAGGUCGCGCUGCUGAUUUCAGAAUGUGACUCCCGGAGGCGCCGGGCCAGCUUGUCCUCGCGCCGUAGCCGCCUCAAAGAAGGCCCUGGGCAUCUCGACAUCAAGACAGCUAGACAGCGAAAGGCCAGCGGCAUGUCUCCACUGCUCUGGACGUCAGCGCAAGACAAGUCCGACGCGCACACGACACCAGCUCACCACGACGACGACGAGGAAGAUGUCGUCGACGACGAGGCGGUCCUGGUGCAAAGUCCGACGGCGCUGACGGCGUCCUCGGGCUUGGCGACGAGGAUGCUGCAGUACGCGGGCCAGCUCUGGUCCAGCGCCGAGCAGGGCACCAGUGCUGCGGGCAGGCAGAUGGGCCGGCACGCCGCCGUCAUCCCGAGCAGCGCGCCGCCACUGACGUCGCCGCCCGCCUUGGCCGCCAUCAGGAAGGCCGUGCACCUGCUCAAGGAGAAGCAGGACUAGAAGCCGUCGACGAGUUGCCCGUCGACGAGGUCACCGUCGACGAGGUCGCCGUCGACGAGGUCGCCGUCG